AUGGAUGAUAUGAUGUUCAUUGAUUUUCUAAUCUUUAUUGUUGCUGAUCUAAAGCCUUUGGUAAAGAUUAGGAUUUCUUACGUCUUCAGGGUUAUAUUGAGGCAUUUUUGCACCAAUUUUUGCUUUGUUACUGUUUCUGACUUUUCGAAUAAAUUUUGGGAAAAUCAAUCACUCGUUGGAUUACCAACAAGGAGGUCACAUAAAUUUGGUCAAUUACCUAUAUUGACUGAACUGUUAGUUCAGUUUAUAUCCUUUGAUAGAAAUUUAUUUUUAAUGGUUUAA